GCAGAUGGCAGAUAACCAACUGAAAUUUCAAAUUUCAGCAACAGUUGCAAUGGAAAAUAUUUUUAUAAUAAACUUGGCUCAAUUGUUUUUGUGUAAAUAAUUGAUUUUAAAUAAAAAUAUCAAUUAAUUUCUAUUUUGUUAACUACUUAUAAUUGACCAACAGUAUGAAAGCACUCACGGAAGAUGAAAACGAGCAGACAAGAUGUGAAAAAUGUGCAACAGAGGAAGUUGCAGCUACCUCAUAUACCCGUGAAUUAGAGAAACUUUUAAUUGAAUCAGAGAAUAUAAUUAAAAAUUUAAAGCAAAAUCUUUCUGGAUUGAAAUUGGAAAAUCAAUAUUUAUCUGCCCAGUUGACAGAAUUAAGACAAAAGAUUAGUCCUACUCCAGCAUCUCCAAUCAGACUCAAUGAAGAUAAUCAAUCAAUUCUGAUAAAAUUAAAUGACGGGCGUGGAAAUUUAGGUGUGAGCAUAUUGCCAUGUGAAGAUUCCGCUGGUGGAAUGGUUAUUCAAAACAUAUUACCAGGAGGCCGAGUUGAUAAGAAUGGUGGUAUUGCUGUUGGUGAUAAAAUAGUUGCAGUUAAUGAUUUAAGUUUACUCAACUUAACAUUUGAUCAAGCUCAAGAAAUACUUAGAGAAGCCUCUCAACUUGAUGAAAUGACAUUAAGAAUUGUGAAAUGUUCUGUUGACUCUGGAUUAGAACAGUACACCAAUACCAUUAGUCGACUUGGAUCCAGAAAACUGGGACGAAAAUAUCAUGUUAGAUUGAUCAAAGGAGCUGACGGAUUAGGCUUCAGCAUUGCAACGAAAGAUAAUCCUGCUGGAGACUCAUCUAUUUAUGUUAAAUCAAUUUUUCCUAGAGGUGCAGCUAUAAAAGAUGGAGCAUUAAAGUCAGGAGAUAGGAUUCUCCAAGUCAAUGGGAUUGAUAUUUUAAGGAAAAAACUCCAAGAUGUUGUUUCUAUUUUAAAAAGUAUUCAAGUCGGAAAUAGUGUUGAUUUAAUUAUUGCUCGCCAAGAGCAAGAUAUUUCACCAAAUCCAUCCUUACCCCGUCCAUUACCUGGUGACAAAGCUGGGGAAAUACCCAACGGUCAUCAAAGUGAAGUUUUUACUUUUGAUAUACCUUCAAAUGACACAAGUUCUGCUGGCCUUGGAAUAAGUGUUAAGUGUCUCCAGUCCAAAGAUGAAUCAGGUAUGACUUAUGAUUGUGGUUUGUUUGUAAAUAAAAUAAUUCAUGGUGGAGCUGCUUUUAAAGAUGGUCGUCUCAAAGUUAAUGAUCAAAUUAUAAGUAUUAAUGGAAUACCUCUUCUAGGUUUAUCAAAUGAUGAUGCAUAUGCAUUGCUCCAGAAAUCAUUUUCAAUUGGUGAUGGUCUUAAUUCAAUAAGGGUCACAAUAGCUCGAAAACUCCAAUCUCCUGAAAAUGAAAAAUCUUCUGAGCCUACAGAUGCAGAUGUUGAUGUUAGUGAUAAUGUUGGAACAAAACAGGAUCUGUCUACCAGCAGCUACAACUCUUGCGAUAAUACUGUUAUUCACUUUAAUGAUCAUCAACCUGUUUCUAAUCGUUUACAUGGUCGUACACCAUCAAUCCAUGAAAGAUUAAUUUCAAAUAGUGGAGACAUAUCUAUAAAUGAAGAUGCCAAUGUUACUGUUGAUCUGAUAUCAACAAGCAGCUACAAAUCUUGUGAUAACACUGUUAUUCACAACCCAAAGCCAAUGGUAUCUCCAAAUGAUCAACUUGAAGUCCAUUUUAAUGAUCACCACCCUGUUUCUAAUCGUUUACAUGGUCGUACACCUUCAGUUCGUGACAGAGUAAUGCCAAAUAGUGGAGACAUGUCUCCAAACAGAAGUGACAUAUUUAUUGAAAAUGAUACUGGAAAUUUUGAUUGUGACGAAACAAAUCAAACAAUACCCAAGUCAAUAGAAGACAUGGACGAUACAGAGGCCAACGUUUUAAAGCAUGUAGAAAGUGUAACUUCUAUUAAUAAUGAUUGCGAAAUUGUUUUUGCACGAGAUGGAUUUGGUCGUCAAAGUGUUUCUGAAAAACGUUUCUGUGCAAAGGCUAAAGAAGAAAGAGAAAAGGAAAGACAAAAAUUGAGAAAAGAGUAUGGGUUAACAUCUCCUAAAACACCAUCUAAAGAACGAAAUGCCAAUACCCCUUCAAAACCAGCAAGAGGAGAGCGAAGUGCAUCUAAAAAUCUUCCUCUUUUUUCUCCCAAAUGCUGCUGGAGCUGUCAAUCUCCAGGCUCUUGUCCUUAUCAUGUUGCACCAUCUACCAAACGUGUUGGUCCUAAUUUGGGUCUCAAAAAGUCUUGCUCUUUAGAAAGCCUACAAACAAUGAUGCAAGAACUACAAAAAGAUCAAUUAGAUGGUCAAGAGGGCAAUCCAUUUGCUGGACCUCGGCCUGCAACUCUCAAAGUUUCUCGAAUUCGAACAACCAACGAAAGUUUUCGUGUUGCAGUGGACAAAUCAUAUGAUGAUGGAGUUACAGAAACUCAAAAAGCUAUGGAAACUUUAAAUGAAGAAGAAAGUGAAAACAAUUCUUAUAUAAAUAUUAUUCAUAAACAGCAACAACAACAACACCCACCACAUCAACAUCAUCAUCAUCUUCAACAACCACAACAACCACAACUACAACAACUACAACAACAACAUUCACAUUAUCAACAACCACAACCUCAAUCACAACAACAACAUCAACUUCAUCAACAACAUCAACUUCAAAAACAACAUCAGCUACAUCAACUGUAUCAACAACAAUCAACUAAUAAUAUUCUUCAUCACCAUGACGUCCGACCUCCUCGCCAUCAUAAUAUGGAUAAAUUUAAACAAUCUGAAGCAACAGUAUCAUCUACAGGCACCAGCUCACAAUUCACAAGUACUGAUGAUGAUAGCAAUUUGAUAAAAAAUAAAAAUUCAGACGCUAAAAAAGGACUAUUCAGAACACUGCUUCGCCUGGGAAGUGGUAAAAAGAAUAAAUCUAAAAGCACUAGAACUGAGGAUUAUAAUCAAGUGCGCGCUGCUCAAGAGGCCAUGCUCGAAAGAGAAAAGGUUCAAGAAGCUUACAACAAACUAAAAGAUCAAUACCAGCAUCAGCAUCAACAGCAACAUCAACAACAACAUCAAUAUCAACAUCAGCAUGCACACCAACAUGCGGUACAAACCCAAGUUAAAUCUACAGUUGGUUUACCAAAUUUACUACUUAAUCAUUUCUCGCCUCCUUCAAACGUACAAUUUAGUCAACAACAGAACCAACUUGCACCACACCAGUCACAACAAGCUUACGGUACUCUUCCCUCUGCUUCUGAUCAGCAAAUGAAAAACGUUGCAAAUCACAUUAGAACGUCUUCGGGUCGCAUGAAUGCAGCUCCUUUAAUAGGAUCGACAUCAGCAGGCCCAGGUUAUGUUGAACGACAAUACCAAACAUUACAAAGAUCCACUUAUGGAGCUACUGUGCAUCCAACUUAUGAUGCACCUUAUGGUGUUGUUAAACGCAACGUUUACUCUGGAAGUUACAGAUCAACCAACGUCAACAAUCGCCAAACAGUCUAUUGGGCAAACAGCGGAGCCACCACAACAGAUGCGUCCUUCCGUAGACCUCACAAAGUUUACGUUGAAGAAUAUAGUCGACCUAAUGGACCUUUAGAUUCAAUGUACACUCCACUAUCCUCUUAAGGAAUAAUCAACCUCAAAUAAUUCCCAAGAUGGCAGUAAAAUCUAAAAGGUUCAACAUUGAAUCUGCCAAAUGAAACAUUUAUAUUUUGUCUUAUGCGCAUCAGUAUCAACUUAUAACAAACAAGCAAAAAAGAAACAAAACUGAUCAGAAACUUUUCUAUAUUUUUUAUUGGGGCGAAAGAAAAAAUCACAAAGCGAUUCCCUUAAUUUAACAUCUCAAGUCAACCAGUUAAGUUAAACAUUGGACGUUAUAUAAUUAACGUUUGCUUACAACUCGUCAAAUUAUCAUCAAAACAAAAUUAUCAACAAUCAAUCAAUCAAGAUGAAGUUAAAGUAUGUUAAACAAUGAGAUUUUAACGGAAAACCAAACCAAACAAUUUACUUAAUUCAUCAGUUUAACCAAAAUUGUUUCAUAGUCUUUGUAUAUUGUAAAAACAAAAAAACAAAUUUACAAACUUGUAAAAACUAUAAAUAAAAAAAUAUUUCAACUGUGUAAA